GCUCGAUUCUACGACCAUCCAGACGCUCUAUAUUAUUUUAGUAUGAUAUAGCAGAAUUUGGCACCAAGUCCUAUCAGUGCCAUAUUUGGAAGCCAUUCACGAUGCCCAAAGCUACAUCAUCACGCUCGGCCGCUGCUGGCCGCAGACACAAUCCUCUGGCUGAGGACAUUAUGACCAUGGGCCAUUUACGGGCCCAGUCUGGAAAAAAGAUUAAACACAAUUCCCGAUCCGAUGAAGAUCAAGAGGAUGGCGAACGUUUCAUUGAUGCGAAAAUGUCUCGCAAGAUUUUGCAGAUUGGGCAGGAACUGGCCGACGAGGAUGCCGCUGAGCAACGGACGGCAAUAAGAACUAUAGGAGCGAAAGAUCAUACAGCUUUUGAUUUUGAAUCUCGCUUUGAGGAUGACGAAGCUUUAUCAGAUGAUGAAAGGUUCCAGGAUGACCAAUGGGGCGAUGAGGAAGAAAUCGAAGAAGUGGAGGUCGACCCAAAUGAUCUUGACAUGUUUCACAAAUUCAUUCCUGGUGGUGACGAAGAUCCUAUAUUUAAUCCUAGUGAACAGGGCAUAGGUGGUCAGAGCACGAACCUCGCCGAUCUCAUUCUUGAGAAGAUUGCCGAACAUGAGGCAAAGCAAAACGGAGACAGCGGCCCCUUGGUUCAGGGCGGGGGACUACCGGAAGAUGCAGUCCAGAUACCAGCUAAGGCGGUCGAAGUAUAUGAGAAAGUCGGUAUGAUCCUUUCUCGCUAUAAAUCCGGACCACUUCCAAAGCCGUUUAAAAUCCUCCCCUCUGUUCCCAACUGGCCAACUCUCCUUUCCAUUACUCGACCGGAGUCAUGGACCGCCAACGCUAUUUACGCCGGAACUAGGAUCUUCAUCUCAUCAAAACCAGCAGUCGCCCAAGAGUUUAUCUCGACAGUACUCCUCGAUCGGGUUCGAGAAGAAAUUCAUGAGACCAAAAAGUUGAAUGUGCAUACGUAUAACUCAUUGCGGAAGGCGCUAUACAAACCUGCCUGCUUCUUCAAGGGGCUACUGUUCCCCCUUGUUUCCAGUGGGACUUGCACGUUGCGGGAAGCUCACAUUGUCUCCUCGGUUAUUGCCCGUGUAUCCAUUCCUGUAUUACAUUCCGCGGCCGCCUUAUUGCGUAUGUGUGACCUUGCUGCAGAGCAGUCUUUGAGGUCGUUGGAGAGUACCGGGGCGGUAAAUAUGUUUAUUAGGGUGUUUUUGGAAAAGAAAUACGCGCUUCCUUACAAGGUUAUCGAUGCGCUUGUCUUUCAUUUCCUGCGUUUCCGGGCUAGCGACAACGAUGAGGACUCGAUGAUGACGAACGGACAUUCGCGGGGCACCGGCAAGGCGUAUAAGCUUCCCGUUCUCUGGCACCAGUCCCUCUUGGUCUUCGCACAGCGCUACCGCAAUGACAUCACCGAAGAUCAACGAGAGGCGCUCCUGGACUUACUCUUGGUGCGUGGACACAAAGACAUUGGACCCGAAGUAAGGCGGGAGCUGUUAGCCGGCAGAGGACGAGGUGUUGUUAUACCUGACCCAGAGAAGCAAGGGGCCUUGGAUGCUGGAGAUGAUACGAUGGACGUCACCAUAUAGGAGACAGAUGUAUAUGGAUAAUUUUCAAAAGCGCCGUGUGAAGUUCUUCUUAUCCUUACCAUUCCUUCCCCCC